ACGACUUGUUUUAAUGCGAUCCCCUGUGGCAGCUUUCCCACGAGACCCUCUUCAGUUGGAUCCUUACUAUCGAGAGGUGUUAUGACAAGUCAUGAAACACCAAAGUUCCCACAGGCGAGAUUUGAAAACUGAGGAAUAUUUCGUGGCGGCUAUGAGAAGAUGAAGAGGCAAAACGUGCGGACCCUUGCUUUAAUAAUUUGCACUUUGUCCUAUUUAUUAAUCGGAGCGGGAGUCUUCGACGCUCUGGAGUCAAAGCAGGAGAAAAACCAGAAGGGCAAAUUCGACGACCGAAAAUUUAAACUCAUGGCUGAAUAUAAUCUAACCACAGUUGACUUUGAUCGAAUCGAAAGGGUUGUUUUGCUUCUGAAACCUCACAAAGCCGGAGUCCAGUGGAAGUUCGCCGGGUCGUUUUACUUCGCCAUCACUGUCAUAACGACCAUAGUGAACCUCACUCUGAACAUCCAAAAUGGUUAUGGCCAUGCUGCACCCAGUACGGACGCUGGGAAAGCAUUUUGCAUGGGGUAUGCACUCCUGGGCAUCCCCCUCACCCUGGUGAUGUUCCAGAGCCUGGGUGAACGUAUCAACACCUUCGUCCGCUUCCUGUUGCACAAAGCCAAGAAAUGCAUAGGCCUGCGGCGGCCGGAAGUUUCCAUGGCCAACAUGGUGUUCAUCGGAUUCUUUUCCUGCAUCAGCACCUUGUGUUUGGGAGCAGCUGCCUUCUCCCACUACGAAGGUUGGAGUUUUUUCCAUGCCUUCUACUUCUGCUUCAUCACCCUAACCACCAUCGGUUUUGGGGAUUACGUGGCCCUGCAAAAGGACAACGCGCUCCAAAACGACCCUCAUUACGUGGCCUUUAGUUUCGUCUAUAUCCUGAUGGGCCUUACAGUAAUUGGUGCUUUCCUCAACCUAGUGGUGCUACGGUUCAUGACGAUGAACACGGAGGAUGAGAGAAGAGACGCGGCGCAGAGGGCUCUGCUUUCCAAAGAUAAACAGAAAGCUCCGCCUUCACGCCGCACAGACCCUCCGACCCCCGUUGCCGGGGGUCAAGACAAAAGGCGAGGGUUGAAGAGCGUCUACGCUGAGGUGCUUCACUUCCAGACGGUGUGCUCAUGUCUGUGGUACCGAAGUCGAGAGAAAAUGGUUAUCCUCCCGCAGGAUCUGUCCUUCACUGAUGCGCUAAUGGAGCAAGGAGAUGUGUCACCCCACUACUUCUUUGAAUCCGGCCCCUCAGGCUGUGUCUGUAACCCUCAUCGCUGCUCAGCCAUUAGCACUGUGUCCGCUGACCUGAGGAACAUCUCUCCGUUUAAGCUCUUUUCAAAGAGACGCAUCUCCGUCUGAAUCACCUCAGUUUGUUAUCGGUACUGUAUAACUGUUAAUUUUUUAUGAUUUUAUUUCACCUACUAAAGAUUGAGCAGCACAGCUGAAGUUGGGUUUUUGGAUUUAUUGACUUUUACAGUUUCAGUCUUUCAUUUAACUUACUCUUUAAUGAUUAUGAAUAAGAAUUUCAAUUGGAAUCUUUUUUCAGAUUUAACUCAGUGACAGCCGGAUAUGAUGCAAUGCACAGUAUUUGAACAAUCUUUAAUGAAAGAAAAAAGUCUGACUUAAAAGAAUGAGCAGAAAUAUUGUUUUACCUUGUUCAGCCAAAAUGGUUGGUUGGUCAUGCAUUGUCAGUAUGUUAAUUUGUACUUUAAAUAACUUUUUGACAAUUGGAAGCCAUUUUUAACUCUUUCAACGCCAACCAGCAUUUUCACAAAAUAUUGAAGGUCCGCUGAAUAUUUUCUUCUAUAAAUAUACGCAACACAACAUAUAUUUGAACAUAUAUCAUAUUAAAGAACGGAGCAUCUGCUUUUAAUAAAAAAGCAUUUUAUAAUUUUUAUUCAUUCUUUCUUAUAAUCUCUAAUGUGGUAAGGUUUCUUGAAGAAUACAACAUUUGGAAAAACUGAGAAAUUGCGUUUUUGUCAAAGGCAUUUUUCAGAGCAGAUUUAGAAUGACCAUCAAAAAAGUAGACAGAACAUUUACUGCUUUUAAAUCCAUAAAUGCUCUUCUCAGGAUGACAGUGCCCCCUAUCUUGUGAAAACAUGCGUAGCUGUAAAUUUCCUUCAAUUUCCUUCAGAAAAUAUUUUAAAGAAUGUAUAAAGCAACAGAUCUGGGGGACUUUUGAAUACUAAUGUAACUUAUGCAGAUUUGAAACAACUUGAGGGUGAGUGAACGAUGACUGAAUUUUCAUUUUGGAGUUAAGAAGGUUUUGGGAUACGCAGCCUUGGUCUCACAAAUGACAGAAAAUCAUAUCAAUGGUUGGGAGAACGUUAAGUAUGUGAUAUGACAAAGACAAUAUAGCCAGUAUUUAUUUACUCCAUAAUUGCAAUGAUUCCCCUAAUACACUGUGAACUUCAGGAUUACCUGCUAAAUGAAACACCUGCAGCAAAGUUGUUGAUCCAGAUGGCAUACCGACAUGACUCCCAUGCUCUACCCAGUUUUAUACAACAUGUUAUGACAAAUGUAACCUAUUACAUUAUAUUAAUCUCAUAGAGUCACUCACAAGGCAUGCUAUAUGCUCAUUAGAUUGGCAGCGGAUUACUUUGUUUAUCGUAGUUAGAACUAAGAGAGCAAAACUGUCUAAUCAUAACAGAGGCAACAUCUAUGAGAAACAUAUUGAACUCAAAUCUUGAACAUUGUCACUCAUGUUCUUAAUUACCAUUGAUGUUUAGCAGCUCCAUAUCAGCUUUGAAGAUAAAGUAACAGCAUGACCUUGGUCUACAGCAGUUAUCCCAUACGGGCCCUCCAAGUGCUCUCAGCACUGAUCUGGACAUCGUGUACUGUGUAUCCCCUAUGACUCAGAGAGGCCUUGCUGCUCUGGCUAUGUUUGGCCAAACAGGAUAGUAGGCCAUCUUCUCAUCCUGCCAAGGAGAAAGCGCUUUGUGCCCAAGACUUUGCCUUUGGCUGUUAGACCUGCAUGACACGGUGACAGAAGGAAGUACAUUACAACAAACGCCUGCAUUUCCCCCCCAUAGUGGUGGCAUCUGUUGCUUUUCCUUUUUGUUUUGGCAUCUACAUGAGAAAGGUAAAAAAUAUCUUUGGCCAGAAGGUCAAUGGGGGUAGGACAUAGUGUACUGUACAUUUAUGUUUCUAUUUACAUCCUUACCAAAGGAACCAGGGUAAAAAUAACUUAUUGUUGAUAACUCAUUGAGAUGCAUUCUUAUUUUGUCAGGCUUUUAGGAAGGUCUCCCCUAUUAGGAUUGAAAAAAUGAAAUAGCAGCAGAAAAAUAUUAAUAUGCAUUUUACCAAACAAUGUAUGUACUGUAAAAAGUAUUGUAGAGCCUGACAUAAAAAAUAAAAGCGUCAUUAUUUCUA